UCCCAACACCAGAGGGCCCGUCCGACGAUGCCGACGUGUCGUCUUGCGUGAGGAUGACGUCUAUGCAACGAGUGGUGACCGCAUUUUCCCAGCACUCGCGCCCUCUCAGCAGCAAUAUUAUCUCCUUCUCCCCUUCCUCCUCAUCCUCCUUUUCGCGCUUAGCUAUCGGCCACAACAGCGGCCUGCGAUCUUUUGGGAAUAACUACAUCUGCUUCUGUUUCUGCUUCAGGACGGAACCCGGCUAAGAAGAAUUCUUCGCAGCAGCCGUUUCCCACUUCUCCGAGACGAACCAUGGCGUCUAACCUAGCGGCCAGCGACGCGGAGCAAUUCGUGCGGACGUCGGGGUUCACGAACCCGGUCUGGAUCCACGAGGACCCGUUCACGCAAAGACAGCGCUUCAGCGCUCUGUCGUCGGACAUCGAGACGGACGUGUGCAUCGUCGGGGCCGGGAUGGCGGGGAUCUCGCUCGCGCACGAGCUCGUGACGCGCGGGCGGCAGGUCGUGCUUGUGGAGGCGCGGGACGUGCUCGCGGGCGAGACGGGGCGGACGAGCGGGCACCUGUCGAACGCGCUGGACGACACGUACCCGGCGAUCGCGAGGGCGCACGGCGAGAAAGGGGCCGCGGCCGCGGCCGAGAGCCACACCUGGGCGCUGAACCGCGUCGGGGAGAUCGCGCGGGAGCUGGGCGUCGAGUGCGAGUACCGCUACCUGCCCGGGUACCGCGUGUCGAAGUAUCAGCGAGGUACCCCGGAGCACGAGAAGGACCUGCAGAAGAUUAAAGAGGACGCGGAAUUGGCGAAGAGGCUCGGCAUCGACGUUACGUUCGACGAGAACCUGGCUGUCAGGGGCUGGGGCGGCAAGCCCGAUCAACGGGGAGGCUUGAUUUUCUCCAAGCAGGCUACGUUCCACCCGACGAAGUACUUGAACGGAGUGCUCAAGUGGCUUAAAGAGCAGCCCAAGUUCCGGUGCUACACUUCGACGCGAGUCCGGGGCGUGAAUGAGAAAGGCGUUGAGGUUUUGGGCCUAGGCCACAAGUACGUCAAGGUGGAAACGGAAGCCGGUAACACGAUAAGCUGCGAGCACGCCGUCGAGGCGACGAAUGUGCCGCUUCAGAAGCUCAGCGUCAUCGUGCAGAUGGAGUGGAACCGGACAUACUGUAUUGCGAUGCGGGUGCCUAAAGGCAGCAUCGAGGACAUCUUACUCUACGACACGGAUGAUCCGUAUAGGUACAUCCGACUCACCCACUGCGACGAGGAGGAUGAUUAUAUGAUUAUUGGAGGCGAGGACCACAAGGUCGGUCAAGAAGACUCCGGGGGACACUUUGAAGCACUAGAGAAAUGGGCGCGGGAGCGCUUCCCACAAGCCGAGUCCGUGGAAUACAAGUGGAGCGGACAGAUUUUUGAGCCGGUGGACUAUAUGGCAUAUAUCGGGAAGAAUCAAGGCAGCAAACGCAUCUACAUAGCGACAGGUGACUCCGGGAACGGGUUGACGCACGGCGUAAUAGCCGGCAAGUUAAUUGCAGACGAAAUCGAGGACAAGCCAAAUCCCUGGAGUAGUCUGUAUUCGCCAAAGCGGGUCGCCAGCGUUAUGAAGUCGGCCCCAAGCAUGAUCCAGAAUGAUCUUCAGGUCAACAUGCAAUACAAGCGACUUGUACAGUCAGAUAUACAAGAUAUCGAAGACUUAAAGCCCGGCUGCGGUGGAGUUUUGAACCCCACUGCAGCCAAGCCAAUAGCCGUGUACAAGGACGAGAUUGGCAACGUGACCAAGAUGAGCGCGCUCUGUCCGCAUAUGGGAGGUGUAGUGUGCUGGAACAGUGUUGAGAAAUCGUGGGAUUGCCCGGUUCAUGGUAGUCGUUUUGGUGAGAACGGUUUAUCAAUCCAAGGUCCUGCCAAGGCAAAUCUUAGCAAAGCAUGAAACGCAGGACAUACAAAACAAACAAGUUAGGCAAUGUCAGUACGUUUCACACAAAGCUUACUAGGCGCCCGAGCUGAUCUAUGCGAAUAGCAAUAAGAAUGGUUAAUAUUGACUGUGUUUUUUGCUAUAUACCUACCGUAGGUACGCUUUUGUGUCUUCUCUCCACGAGCUAAGCCAUGAUACCACGGCAUAAAUAUUCCUAGAGGAGAGAACGUCUUGUCGCUAUGACCAGGUCAUGGAACUAAUAGAUCCCAGUAAAGUUCCUGACUUGUACCUAUCCGGUACUCCGAAUCCGCGU